AUGAUGUCUCAACGGUAUUUCAAACUCCUUGUGGUCUUUUUGGGCCUCUUUGCAAUGAUUGCAUCCAUUGCCGAAGGAAAAGGUCGACACAAAAAUGGGGGUGGAAGUCGCAAAAAAACAAACACCGUAAAUAACGGUGGAAAUAACGGUGGAAAGCCUAAGGUACCCAUGUGCGGAACAACUGCGGCAACAUGUUCCAAAGGCUCACCUUCGUGUAAAGGUGGUAAGCCAACGUGUGGCAGCAAGGGCGCAUUCAACGCGUGUGGGGGGAACGUGAAAGUUACAUGUUAA